AUGGGUGAGAUGUCAGGGUUUCAAUUAGGUGUGAUUGGUGCGUUGUUCCUUUCGGUGGCCUCAUCGGUCUCCAUUGUCAUCUGCAACAAGGCCUUGAUGAGUAAUCUUGGUUUUCCUUUUGCCACAACACUCACUAGUUGGCACCUAAUGGUAACUUACUGCAGUCUUCAUGUGGCUUUACGCUUGAAUUUCUUCGAAAACAAGCCGGUCGAUAUGAAGACCGUGAUGCUUUUCGGUAUCCUAAAUGGUGUUUCGAUUGGAUUUUUAAAUCUCAGCUUGGGAUUUAACUCCAUUGGCUUCUAUCAGAUGACAAAACUUGCAAUCAUACCCUUCACUGUCCUGUUGGAAACUCUGUUCCUGAAUAAGCAAUUCAGCCAGAAAGUUAAGUUCUCUCUAUCAAUCUUGCUACUCGGUGUCGGCAUUGCAUCCGUGACCGAUCUCCAGCUCAACAUUGUUGGCUCGGUUCUCUCCCUUUUAGCUAUUUUAACAACUUGCGUAGGCCAAAUCCUGACAAACACGAUACAAAAGAGACUAAACGUGUCUUCGACCCAACUAUUGUACCAAUCGGCCCCAUUUCAAGCGGCGAUUCUUUUCGUCACGGGCCCUUUCCUAGACCAAUGCCUCACCAAACAGAAUGUCUUUGCCUACAAAUACUCUCCCAUUGUUUUGGGAUUCAUACUGCUCUCGUGCAUGAUUGCCGUGUUUGUCAACUUCAGCACAUUUUUGGUAAUCGGCAAGACAUCGCCAGUUACUUAUCAAGUUUUAGGCCAUCUCAAAACAUGCCUCGUUCUUGCCUUUGGCUACACGCUACUUCACGACCCUUUCACCGCAAGGAACAUUAUCGGCAUACUCAUCGCCAUUAUAGGCAUGGGUUUGUAUUCCUAUUUUUGCACUAAUGAGACCAAAAGGAAACAAGAUGGGGCUUUGUCCCAGGUUAAAGAGAAGAGUAGCACACCUCUUCUGGUGAGCCAUCAGGACAAAGAAUCCAAGGCCACAGUACUUGUUUAA